AGAGUUUAUAUGCAAGUCAGCAUCACAACUGGAUGCACUGCAUUUUAUCAGCACAGACCUUUAUGUCAUGUAAAGCAAGGGGCAUCAGGAGCAAUUCUUAGAAUUGGAAACCACCCAAUACUUCCCCAGACUGAUGCCACAAGUUUCCUUUGAAUUCUAAAUUAUUUUCCCCAUCACAACAACUCAAAGAGCUACUGCUACCUUAUACGCUCAACUGAGCUCUAAUCAUCCAGCAAGUGUUAACAAUGAUUUCCGAAAACGUCUCCAACGGUCUCAUUCUUCCCCCAAAGCAAAUUUCCACCACAAGCAAUGCAAUGUUAUUGACAUUUCCCCACAACCACUAAACAAGUCAUUUUAAACAAAGUGAAGAACAUCACACAUUUAUGUCAAAUGUGAUACUGCGCAAUCUUUGUUGUGCUCAUGGCAAAAAAUACGAGUUCCUCCUCAGUAGAAAAAUGGGAUUCAGUACCAAAUGAACAAUUGUCCGAACCCAUUUUUAAAACCCCAUCACCCUUUUGGAAUCAAGAUUUAAUAUUCAGAAGAUCUAGACAAGUACGAGAAUCCACACCUGAUGUUGUCACAGAUGGAUUUAAUUUGUAUACUUACAGGUGUGAUUUAGGCUCUGUUACGACGUCAAACCUCCCUUGCGUUAUAGGAGCAAAUCAGAUCCAUCCUUCACAGAGCCUGAACUCACCUAGCAGCAGAUAUCUACCACCUUCAUCAAAAUUACCUGUCGCUGACCCAAAUACGCUGCACGGUAUUGGAAGGGGUGCUUCAUACUGGAGUUAUCUAACUCCAGAAGUGGGACAUGGACUUGUCAAAGGUUUUAGAAAGCUGCACAAUCCACAAAUCGACCCAUUGUCAGCUUCAUUUUAUUAUAGAGGGGUUGUCAGGGAUUCUUUAAGAAGAGAUAUUCCUACUGAGGGAGUCAAAAUGUGCAUGCAAAAGGAGAGGCCGAGAUAUUGGUACCACGAACCGCAAAGUCAGAGAAUAUACUCCAAGAGAGACCAUUAUGUGAAAAACAACCCACUCCUGGGUUCACUUUUACAUACAGAUUGUAAUAAAGAAUAUUUUAAGCACGAUGUUGAGUACAGCCAUCACCAGCCGCUCGAUUUGAACCGUUGUUCUCACGCUAUGCCUGAUGAGUUAAAGUUGCAAAGUGAGAAGCAAAGAAGAGAAGAGCUCCCCCAGCUGGUUUGGAGCGAAGAAGCAGGAAAACACAGUCACCAAACGAACACUAGUACACACUCUACAUCCUCCUCUUCUGCUCUGUUGUUUCUCCGUCGCUUUGCAGAAGGCUCUUUGGUGGAGCUCGAGGGUGGUCGACUGAAGCGGGUGGAGGAUUUGAAGAUGGAGGAUUUGGAGCGGUGCGCUCAGUUACAUCCUGAGUUGAGGCUGAAGCGUUUCACUGUGUUGAAGAUGACUCCUUCACACACCCAAACGCUUUCAUGUUUACAUGUGGAGAUUGAGCAUGACCAAUCACAGUUGUCACUGGAGGUGAGUGAAGGGCUGCCCUUUUUCGUUUGUGGACAUGGCUGGUCCUCCUGUAACCCUCAACAUACAAAUCAAACCUGCAGACUACAAUGCCGUCAGCUAAAGGUGGGUGACGUGUGCCUGGCACUAACGCAUAUGGCCGCCUCUUCAACACUGCCUGCUAAUCAAAGCCUGGCUGAGGUGGGCGAAGAUCACGUGGUCCCAAAGUGUCAUGCCGAAAACAACCCCACACAGCAGAAAAAACAUAAAUCAAGAAAGAGACACUUCACAGCUCCUGAGCUCAGGGAAAUUUCCAAGGUACAUCACAUCGAAAAUUGAUCAGCUAAAUGCUAUUUUUAAUUGUGUAUAAGUCUUUGUACAUUGUAAUUACCAUAUUUUAAAAUGUAAAAUAAAUGUUUGUACAUAAUACCUCCAAUGUUAACAAAUCAGUUACACUACCGUUCAAAGGUUUAGGGUCAGUGAGUUUAUUUUUAAAGUAUUUUUUUAAAGAAAAUAUUUUACACAUUUAAUUGGUCAAAAGAGAUACUUUUUAUUUUUACAUUGUUACAAAUAAAAUCUAUUUCAAAUAUAUCUAUCUUUUACAUGUUCUAUUCAUCAAAGAAUCCUGCAAAAAAGUAUCAUGAUUUCCACAAAAAGUAUUAGUAUACUUUUUUUCUCAACAGUGAUUACAAUAACAAAAGUUUCUUGAGCAUCAAUUCAGCAUAUGUCACCCUGGACCACAAAACCAGUCAUAAGGGCCCACUUGAAAGUGAGAUUUAUGAAUAAAGAAGCUUUCCGUUGAUGCAUGGUUUGUUAGGAUAGGACAAUAUUUGGCAGAGAUACAACUAUUUGAGGGUGCAGAAAAAUCUAAAUAUUGAGCAAAUCACCUUGAAAGUUGUCCAAACUAAGUUCUUAGCAAUGCAUAUUACUAAUCAAACAUUACAUUUUUCCAUAUUUAUGGUAGGAAAUUUACAAAGUAUCUUCAUGGAACAUGAUCUUUACUUAAUAUCACAAUGAUUUUUGGCAUAAAAGAAAAAUCAAUAAUUUUGAACCAUAUAAUGUAUUUUUGGCUAUUGCUACAAAUAUACCCAUGCUACUUAUGACUGGUUUUGUGCUCCAGGGUCACAUAUUAGAAUGAUUUCUUUUCAGAAUCAUAUGAUACUGAAGACUGGAGUAAUGAUGCUGAAAAUGUAGCAUUGCCAUAACAAGAAUGAAUAUACAUUUAAAAAAUAUUAUAAUAAAAAACAAUUGUAAUUGUAAUAUUUCACAAUAUUACUGCAUUUUUGGUCAAAUCAAUGCAGCAUAUGUGAGCAUAAAAGCCUUCUUUUAAACAUUAAAAAAUCUUACAGACCCUAAAACAUUUGAACAGUAGUUCAUUACCACAGUACAACAACAAAAUGCUUUAUUACAAUGGCUAUUUUUUGUUCUGCAGUCUAUAAUUGUAUGCACAUACAAUUGUAUCAGGAACAUCCUAAACACUCUGUACAAUAUCUGAUAUUAAACGUUUUG